UUCCUCAAGAAGGUUUCUUCAACUGGCGAGGCCACUGCUUUAGUGCUUAAGCUCAACUCCCUCGAGAAGGUCUCUUCAACUCUCUCUCUCUCUCUGCCCCUCUCAACCUCUACUCAUCAGCAUUGUCGUCGUCGUCGUCUUCUCUCUGUGCUGUUGAGCACUUGACGUGCCGGCAUGGCUACUUUUGCGUCCGCUGCAGGGGCCACUACGCCCAAAGAGCACAUUGAGCACCUCAGGAGGAGCAAGUUCUCCAUCGGUGGACCCCCCAAUCCCCUCACCGAGGACCUUCACCAAGCCGUCAAGAACCUCUCCGCCGAGCUCUACGCCAAGGACGUCCAUUUCCUCAUGGAGCUCAUCCAGAAUGCCGAAGAUAACGAGUACCCGGAGGGAGUCAAACCGUCACUCGAGUUUGUCAUUACCUCCCGGGACAUCACCGCCACGGGAGCUCUGGCCACCCUGUUGAUAUUCAACAACGAGAAAGGAUUUGCCCCGAGGAACAUCGACUCCAUUUGCAGUGUUGGGAGAUCUACCAAGAAAGGCAACCGGAAACAAGGCUACAUCGGCGAGAAAGGUAUCGGGUUCAAGAGUGUCUUCUUGAUUACUGCUCAGCCGUACAUAUUCAGUAAUGGUUAUCAGAUACGUUUUAGUGAGGAGCCCUGCCCGCACUGCAACGUCGGGUUCAUUGUUCCCGAAUGGGUUGAUGAGAACCCAAAUCUUUCGGAUGUUAAGUCGAUAUAUGGUUCUGAGGCUGCGCUUCCGACCACGACGAUUAUUCUGCCCCUCAAGCCUGACAAGAUAUAUCCAGUGAAGCAGCAACUCUCAAGCUUGCACCCUGAAGUUCUGUUGUUUCUCUCGAAGAUCAAGCGUCUUUCAGUUAAGGAGGACAGCGAAGACCCAAGCCUGAGUACGGUGAAAGCUAUCGCGAUAUCAAGCGAGACUAAUUUUGCUAUGAGAAAGAACAUUGAUGCCGAGUCUUGCAUGCUGCACCUCUCGGCUGAAGAAAGUCCCAACGAGUCUGGAAGCCAAUGCAGUUACUAUAUGUGGAAGCAGAAGUUUCCAGUCAGGCCUGAGAACAAAGUUGAAAAAAGAAUGGAAGUAGAGGAAUUACUGAUAACAUUGGCGCUUCCACUGGAAGAUCGUCCAUGUAGAGGAACAUAUUCUCCGGGGAUCUACGCGUUCCUCCCAACCGAGAUGGUUACGAACUUCCCUUUCAUUAUUCAGGCAGAUUUCAUUUUAGCAUCGUCAAGGGAGACGAUUCUUUUGGAUGACAAAUGGAACCAAGGGAUUCUUGACUGCGUGCCCUCUGCGUUCAUCAGUGCUUUUAGUUCAUUAGUCAAAACAACUGAAAGUGCUCCCAUGUCCUCCCUCCCUCCGAUGUUCAGGUUCCUGCCAGUAAAUGUCUCACCAUACCAAAAGUUAAACACUGUCAGGGAUUGUAUUAAGGCAAAACUGAUAGAAAAAGAUAUCACUCCGAGUGAGCCACAUACGGAGCAGAAGCUUUUCCAUAGACCUCUUGAUGUGGGUAGGUUAGUGCCAGCCUUUUGGAGUAUUUUGAAGGAAGCGAAAGAGCAAGGGGUCAGCUUGCACAAUCUCUCAUCUCAUGGAAAAUUUAUCCUGUGCUCUUCCUUUGACAGCAGCGAAUAUGACGCUGUGCUGAAUUUCUUAGUUGUGCAACAAGUCGGUCAUGAAUGGUAUGCAAAGUUCAUCGGGAGUUCUAAUCUUAUACGCGGAGUCUCGGAGAAUUUAUAUUUGGAGCUUCUACUUUUUAUCUCUGAUAACUGGGAGUCUAUGUUUCAUGGAACCAGCAUGAGGAACUUACCACUUGUGAAGUAUGCAGAUUUGUUUGGAAAUGUGUCUUUGUGUAGCAUUAAUAAAGUUGCGACGUCAAAUAAUAUCGCGAUCUGUGUAUGUCGUGAGUCUAGUCAUGUUGGUUGGCUGAUCGAUUGGAACAGGGAAUUCAGGGGCGGAGGUGAAUGUUAUUUUAUGCCAGCAAGCACGCAAGAAGCUAUCCAGUCCUGUUCACAUAAGGAGAGACUGUUGAAAUGGUUGGAGAGAGAUGUUAAGGUUGCAAGGUUGAACGUGUGUGAAUAUGCAGCCGUGCUUUGCGACCUUCUCAAAGACGAGGGAAGUCUAGUGCUUGCUUGUGCUCACUUCUUCUAUCACUCUCUAUCGGAGAAGCAUAUCUCCGAAAGUCAGGUUAAGCCUCUUUGUGGGGUUUUACCGCUCUUGGAUAAUUAUGGAAGAGUGAUCAAGAACAGGAGUCGGGUUCUCGUUCCUGGAAAGGGGAGCAAAUGGGCUGCAUUAAUGGGUUCAAAUCCAUGGAGCAGCGAAGGCUAUGUUGAGCUGGCCGAAGACUAUCUCCAAUCCGGGCAUUUUGCUGGUCAGUAUACCCCUGAAAAACAGCUCAUGCAAUUCCUGACAACUUAUGCAGUGGCAUCCGACAUUCCUUGCCUAUGUCCGCCAAAUUCUGUGGUACCAGCUGUUUCAGGACCUCUUACUAAGCAAAACUCAUUCUUACUGCUGGAUUGGCUCCGAACCAUGAAAUAUAAGGGAAUCAGUGUCCCCGAGAAAUUUUUGAAAUGCAUCAAGGAGGGAAGCUGGCUUAAGAUUACUCUAAGCGGCUGUCCUGGUUACAGGCCUCCGUCAGAGUCAUUCUUUCACACCUCAUCAUGGGGAAGUAUGUUUCAGAAUGGAGCAGUGCUAGUUGAUAUUCCACUGAUUGAUUUUAGUUUUUAUGGCUCUGAGAUAGCCAAUUAUAAGCCAGAGCUUGAAAUGGUUGGAGUCAUGUUUGAAUAUGGAGAGGCUUGUGAAUAUAUUGGGAAGCAUCUCAUGUCUCUGGCAGCUUCUGCGUCGCUGACCCGAAGUAACGUGUUUUCAAUUUUAAAAUUCAUCAAGUUUUUGAGGGAGAAUUAUCUGUCACCUGAAAAGUUCAUCUCGAGCAUCAACCAAGGAAGAUGGUUGAGGACGAGCUGCGGUGAUAGGCCUCCAGUUCAAUCUGUUUUGUUUGAUGAAGAAUGGAGCACUGCUUCACAGAUCAGUAACAUUCCCUUUGUCGAUCAUAAUUUCUACGGUGAGGAAAUAUAUCACUUCGAAGAGGAGCUGAAAUUGCUGGGUGUGGUUGUCGGUUUUGAAAAUAGAUACGAACUUGUCAUCAACUAUUUGAAACCAUCAACUGACUUGCAUGUGCUGAAUCGGCGGGCCUUUGUUUUAAUGCUUCAGUGCUUACAGUCCUCUAAUUCUGGGGACAAAAUUGUGAAUAUGCUUCAGAACAAAAAAUGCUUGAAGACAAACUUGGGUUACAAGUACCCAGCCGAAUGCUUCUUGCCUGAUCCUGAAUGGGGUAGCCUUCUCCAUGUCUUCCCAUGUUUCCCGAUGAUUGAUCUAAAUUUCUAUGGCAAUGGCAUCUUGUCUUACAGAAGGGAGAUGAAACAAUUGGGGGUGGCGACUGAUUUUGAUAAGGCGAAAAAAGCAUUUUGUCAGGCAUUUAGGCAGCGGGCUUCAUCAUGUUCCUUGACAAAAGAAAAUGCCCUUGCAUUUCUGCCUUGUUAUAGACUGCUGACUGAAAAAAGAUGUUCUCUUUCCGACUUGAAGCAGUGUGUUACUGAGGCCAAGUGGCUGUGCACUCGGCUUGGUGAUGCCAGAUCUCCGAAGGACUGCAUCCUAUAUAGCCCAGGUUGGAAAUCUGUAUCUAAAAUUGCUCGACUUCCAUUCCUUAAUGAUCGCGAUAGUUGCUAUGGCCAAGGAAUUCAUGAAUACAAGAAUGAGCUCAAGAGAUUAGGAGUUGUUGAUGAGCUCCAGGAUGGUGUAGAGUUUGUGAUCGCUGGUCUCUGUCUUCCUAGAGAUCUUGGGUCUGUAACUCGCACUAGUAUGCUUGCUCUGUUGGACUGUAUCCGCAUUUACCUGGAAAAGAAAAGCCUGCCCUUACCAGACUCUUUCUUCCAAACGAUCUCUCGGAAGUGGAUAAAGACCCGUGCUGGAUACUGUCUUCCCAACGAAUGCUGUUUGUACACCUCAAAGUGGGCCUUGUAUUUGCAGCAGGACGAUGGGCCAUUCGUUGAUGAAGAGUUUUAUGGAAAUCGCAUCGCAGAUUACAGAAACGAGCUCAAUGCAAUGGGAGUGGUAGUUGACCCCAAAGAAGGAUGUCCACUGCUUGUACGCCACCUUGGUUUUCAGUUUGAUAUGGAAGUCAUUACACGAAUUUAUAGCUUCUUGAGGGACUUAAGGUGGGAACCUGAAAAGGGAGACCCUCAGCAUAUCUGGAUCCCGAACGACAGCGAACAGGGGCUGUGGGCAAGUGCUGAAAAAUGUGUUUUACAUGACAAGGAUGGGCUCUUCAGCCAGCAGUUGCAUGUUUUGGAUUAGUAUUAUGACAAGAACUUAUUAGGCUUCUUUCAUGGUGCUUUUGGUGUUAAAUCUAAUCCGUCGGUUGAUGAUUACUGCAAGCUUUGGAAGGAGUGGGAAAUUUCUGGGCUUGAAGUGUCAGAAGCCGAGUGUUGCACAUUCUGGGGUUACGUUAUGAAUCACUGGACUUCCCGUACAGAGAAAACUCUUACUGAAAAUUUGAUGAAGCUACCAGUUGACUCCAACGGUGAUCGAGUUCCCUUGUCUGGCAAGCAUGAUGUUUUUAUUGCUGAUGAUCUUCUGCUAAAGGAUCUCCUCGAGCCGGUGUCUCCUCAGCCUAUCUUUAUCUGGCUUCCACUGAAAAGCUUGCCCCAGAUUCCUCGAGUUAAGUUGCUCGAGUUCUAUCAAAAAAUUGGGGUUCAGCUUAUAUCAGAAUGUGUUCAAAAGAAAGAUAUUUCCUCAACAAGUUGCAACCCACUGAAUCGCACUGAGUUCUUUAUCGGGAAAGGGCUUGUUAGACUCAUCCUUGGCUUUCUUGCAAAUCCUCCCCUCAACAUGGAAGUUCAGAAGAGGCACGAAGCUGUCCUCUGCCUCCUCAAAGCUACUGUACUUGAGUCUGGGGAGCCCAUAACCGUGAGCUAUGAAUUGAAGCUGUCGUCUGGAGAGGUGGUUCACAGGAUAGCAAGCCGAAUGAUACGCUGGGAUAGAGAAGGUUCAAAGCUCUACACUCAGAAGUUGGAUCAGUCACGAGGUCACCAAGGUCGCAUAGAGUAUGCUACUUAUUUCGCUGAUGUGAUAGCCCAAGGAGUGCUCUGGGACCGAAAGGAACAGAUUGUUGCACUUGCAGAGCUCAUUAAGCUGGCCUUCCUGUUGGAGUUCAAUGAGGAAGCAGUGGAGUUCCUAUUGAAGUCCAAGAAUCUGCAGAUCUAUGAGGAGGACAUGAAAUUCCUGUGUUCUACAUCUACCUUACUUUAAUAGUAUGGUUCCUUGUGGGAGUCGCUUUUGGGCACUUUUUUGUGACUGCUAAUAGUAAAAUGCGUACCCCUGGAAGCGGAUUUGUUACUCUUAUGUUCUUAUGGAUUUUCUAUAUGCAUGCGUCUUCUGUCUGGUAAUGUUUAAUGGUUGUGAAUGUAACUAGUAGUGUUUUACGGUGCGUGAUACUAAUAGUAAUAUGUGUACGAUGGAUACUUUACCUCCUUUUCCUUCCAGCAGAGUUAUUGUGUUUGCUACUCAAAGCUUUUGCAGACUAUGCAUUUUCUAUAUACAUGUAGGAAGUGUAUGUCUUCACUUGGGGGUGGAAAGAUUAACUGCUGAAGGGCCUGAAAUUAAGGCCGGCCAUUGGUGAUGAUUGAAGGUCUAUAGAUGGCACUCUGCUAA